AUGUCUAAGGAAGAAGCGCCCAACGAGCCGACGUACGAAGACUAUGUCGAGCGCAUCCAAUAUAGCGACAAGUACAACGACGAUGAAUGGGAAUAUCGACACGUCAUCCUGCCCAAGAAGAUGCUCAAGCUGCUACCGGAGGACUACUUUGACCCUGCCGAGCCGGGCGUGCUGCGCAUCCUGUCGGUCGAAGAAUGGCGCCAGCUCGGUAUCACGCAGAGCAUGGGCUGGGAGCACUACGAGGUGCAUGCGCCCGAGCCGCACAUCCUGCUCUUCCGCCGCGAAAAGGAUUUCCUCGAAAAGUAUCAAGCACUAGUGGAAGCGCAGCACAAGCAAGCCGAAGCCUCCGCACCAGCACACGCACAGACCAAUGGCAACAAGUAG